AAGGACUUGGGCCAUCUUCUGCUGCCUUCCCAGGCCAUAACAGAGAGCUACAUUGGAAGUGGGGCACCCAGAACUCCAACCAGCGUUCAUAUGGGAUGCCAGCACUGCAGGUGCAGCCCCACCUGCUAUGCCAGUGUCGGCCCCUAGAAAUAGUAUCUUAAUAUUACCACAGGAGCAUAACUCCUAGGAAAAGUAUUAAAUGAGACAGGAAAGGUAACAGUAAAUAAUGAGAUACUAUAGUAGAUAAUACAAGUAUGGCACAGUAACAAUAGUCGAAAAUAAAUUUACUUACUUCUCAAACACCACACACAUGCACACAAGGUCUUAACGGUUAAAAUAAUAACAGGUAUAUUUGGGCCAGCGCUGUGGUGCAGCAGGUUAAAGCCCUGGCCUGAAGCGCAGGCAUCCCAUAUUGCCCCCGGUUCUAGUCCUGGCUGCUCCUCUUCCAACCCUGCUAUGGCCUGGGAUAGCAGUGGAGGAUGGCCCAGGUCCUUGGGCCCCGGUACCCACGUGGGAGACUCAGAAGCUCCUGGCUCCUGGCUUCAGUUCGGGGCAGCUCUGGCUGCUGUGGCCAUCUGGGGAGUAAACCAGCGGAUGGAAGACCUCUCUCUCUGUCUCUGCCUCCCUGUGUAACUCUUUCAAAUAAAUAAAAUAUAUCUACAAAAAUAAAUAAAUAACAGGUGUAUUGCAGUCUACCCUCACACAAGAUGUUACUUAUUUGAAACCUGGGAGAAACAGCGUUUGUUUUAUUGCUGGAAAUUUUAGAUCAGCUCAAAAUUGGACGUGAAAACGGUAGCCUUUUAGGGAACAAUUCAACAGCACUGCCUGGCCUUGGCCCUCGUGAAAUACGUGCUUCCACGAAAAAGAACUCUUGAUGAGGAGGAAGGGUGGCGAUCAGAUAGUGUCCGGAAGCGUCAGAUUCCUCUGCUACACGUGCGCCCGAAAGCCUCCUUCCAUGAUGCGCCACCCCCAUGAAUAUCAUGAAUAUUCUGCCCCAGGAGUCUUUCUCCAGAGAAGCUGUUUGCCAAGCCGCUUUUAGAGACCCAUCUCCUUUCUUUGUUUUUGUUUUUGUCUUUGUCAGAUUCUCGUGGAAAAAAUAUAUUCAGGCGUAGGUAUUAUUAAGCAAGGCCGUAGAUACGGAAACGCGACCUACAAGCCUAAGCGAGAGACUAAGUGUGAGCUCCCGGGCACCCGUAGGUCGGAGUCUCCGGAUGAGACCCGGAACCGGAAGUGUGCGUUCCGUGGCGGCUUCCUCUCCGGGAACAGAAAUUCGCGCGGCUCCCUGAAAGUGGAAAAACACCGGGAGUCCGGGGCCAUGGCGGCAGUGGGCCCUCCCGCGGCGGCGGGGAGUUGGCUCUGCAGUUUCCAUCAGAAGAUAUCCUCCUGGUAACAGCAUCUCCUGUUAUUAAGGCAGUUACAAAUUUCAAGCAGCUGCUCCUCUUCUGAUCCAGCUCUCUGCUGGUGGCCUGGAAGACAAAGGAACAUAGCCAAAGGCUUGGGCUCCUGGCUCCUGGCUUUGGAUCAGCCCAGCUCCAGCUGUUGAGGCCAUUUGGUUUCUAAAAUUUUAGAAGAGUUUGACGUUGAAGAACAAGCAAGUACCAUGUUGGAAAGUCGCUUUCCCAACAUUAAAGUUAUACAAUCCGGAGUAAAGCAACUUAAGAGUGAAGAACAUUGCAUUUUAACAGAAGAUGGCCAUCAGCAUGUGUAUGGGAAACUCUGUCUGUGUGCUGGAGCAAAGCCAAAGUUGAUCUGUGAAGGAAAUCCUUAUGUGUUAGGCAUCCGUGAUACAGACAGUGCUCAGGAAUUUCAGAAACAGCUUACCAAAGCAAAAAGAAUAAUGAUCAUAGGGAAUGGUGGUAUUGCACUUGAAUUAGUGUACGAAAUUGAAGGCUGUGAAGUGAUUUGGGCCAUUAAAGAUAAAGCCAUUGGGAAUACUUUCUUUGAUGCAGGAGCAGCUGAAUUCUUGACUUCAAAGCUUGUUUCUGAAAAACCAGAGGCUAAAAUCGCACAUAAAAGAACCAGAUAUACAACUGAAGGAAGGAAAAGGGAAGCAGGAGGCAAAGCUAAUGCUGAAAACUUAGGCAGUGCCCUGGGACCAGACUGGCAUGAAGGCUUGAAUCUUAAAGGAACUAAAGAGUUUUGUCGUAAGAUUCACAUUGAAACAAUGUGUGAAGUAAAGAAAAUCUACCUGCAGGAAGAAUUUAGAAUUCUGAAGAAAAAGUCCUUGACCUUUCCAAGAGAUCAUCAGUAUAAGUCAGCUGCACUAGACAAAGAGAUGUGGCCUGUGUAUGUGGAAUUGACCAACGAAAAGAUAUAUGGCUGUGAUUUCAUUGUGAGUGCCACAGGAGUUACACCAAAUGUGGAACCUUUUCUCCAUGGUAACAAUUUUGCCCUAGGAGAAGAUGGUGGACUCCAGGUAGAUGAUCACAUGCACACUUCCCUCCCGGAUGUCUAUGCCGCAGGUGACAUCUGCACUGCGUCCUGGCAACCUAGCCCUGUCUGGCAGCAGAUGAGACUGUGGACCCAGGCCAGACAGAUGGGAUGGUACGCAGCAAAGUGCAUGGCUGCAGCCAGUGUGGGAGACUCCAUUGACAUGGACUUCAGCUUUGAACUAUUUGCUCAUGUAACAAAAUUUUUCAACUAUAAGGUUGUGCUACUGGGAAAAUACAAUGCACAGGGCUUAGGUUCAGAUCAUGAAUUAAUGCUGAGAUGUACCAAAGGGAAAGAAUAUGUCAAAGUCGUCAUGCAAAAUGGACGAAUGAUGGGCGCUGUCUUAAUUGGUGAAACUGACUUAGAAGAAACAUUUGAAAACUUGAUUUUAAACCAGAUGAAUCUUUCAUCAUAUGGAGAAGAUCUGCUAGAUCCAAAUAUUGAUAUAGAAGAUUAUUUCGACUAAAAUGACAAUUUCUUGGAGAACCACAUAGAAUUCUGUUUGAACACAAAAAUCCCCCUGUGUUCUUAGUACCAGACUGCCGAAGCACGUUUGCAGCCUUCUUCUGGAAGUCACCCGAAUUUUCUUGUCCCCCUUUUUCAUCAGCUCGUUCAGAAUGACAAGUUUGAGAUGAUUCAACCUACAAAUAACAAAGCAUGCAUCCUGGUAAAAAUUCAGCUGUUUGCUUUUGUCAUGAGAUUAAUAAUCUCUGCAUAUUCUUUCAGUAUCAGUUAGCCCUUCAAGUGUCCAGGAGUCUGAUUUUUAUCUCCAAAUUUCUUUUCAAAUAAGACUCCUGUCUUGGAUAAAAGGGGCUACGUUUCUCAGAGCAAUCAUCAAGAAUACCUCAGUCUCAAGACACUUGCUUUCACAAGCUUGAAAGUACUUGGUUUAUAAUAGUGGUUUCCAUCCUCUGGGGUAGCACAGACCUCUCCGCACUAUUGAUCACAACCAAAACUGGACCUUAAAGAAGAUGGAAAACCCCAGUCUCUAUAGGGCUGCUCUACAUUCUUCCACUUAAAAGCACUACAGACUACAGAAAAUAAAAUGAGGUUUUCUGUCUUCUAAGCCCUGAAUCUGAGACAGAAACUGACUUUUUUGUACCUCAGAGUGUAUUGCAGAGAAGCAUCUUACAGGUUUUCUAAGAGUUAAAAAUGAACAGUUACCCUGAAACAGUUCUUGUCAGGCUUCUUCACUGGCAUAGUGAUAACAUGCGUCUCACUGUUCAGAAGACUGGCUUUCGGUCCAAUCUUCAAAUACGAAAUGGUAGCAUAUGCUGUGAAACUGUAGUCCUCUCUGCAGAAGAUAAAGGCCAGCAAUCAGAAAACUCUUGAAAGAGCCCCAAAAAACAAACAGGCUUGUAAAAGAAAUAAUUAAAUGUGCAAUAAUGGAAAGUAACGCUUUGAUAAAAUAUAAAACACAGAAGAAUGCAAAUAGUUCUGUGCUUUCACUUCAGCAAAUGAUUUCCUCCAAUAGUCAAUUAAAAAUUUGGAUGAAAUGCCUGCAAAGAUAUUCUGUUGCAAUUUACAAAGAGGAAACAGGCACACAGGCAACAUGAAGGGACGUGCAGUGGGUAUAUACCUACUUUAGAUACUGCUGUAGAAGAAAGUGUGCGAUCAUCUUCUCCAGCUCUUCACGCGGAAGCAGAGGAGCACUGACACCCGCCACUCUCAGUUUGGAUGCACCCUUUCCCAUCCAGGAAUCCAUCAGCUUCAGUGGAGUGAGUUUCUCAUUCAGUUCCUCUGCCUGCUUCAGGAUCUUGAUGAGAUCUCUGCAGUGCUCAGUUACGUUUUUUUUUUCAUAUGCUACAAUCAGAGACAUGGGUAAAACCAACUGCAAUUUAGAAAUGGGAGCAAGGCUAGCCUAUCCUAAGUAGUUAGACUGGUUUAGAACCAGUUAUCAAUGUGAGCCACCCCACAAUAUGUUCUCAAAUCUGUAAGACAUUGUGGGAGUAACAGUGACAUAAAGAAAAUAACCUAUCAGAAGGCCUGUGGUGUGCUCUAGGAACCAGAAGGUGUCACAGGAGAGCCCGCCUGUGCUAGUCAUUAAGCAAAAAUCUGCAAAGUAGGGCAAGUUCCUAGAAAAGAUACCUUGUUACUAGCACUCUGAUAGCUGCAUCAGAUUCUGGUUAAUGUGGUCCAUAUAAGACAGUUACAUAUACACAAACCCAUGUCUCCUGCUGCAGAAUUCAAAAUGAGGGGCUGGCGCUGUGACACAGCAGGUUAAAGCCCUGGCAUCCCAUCUGGGCACCGCUUCCAGUCCUUGCUGCUCCUCUUCCAAUCCAGCUCUCUGCUAUGGCCUGGGAAAGCAGUAGAAGAUGGCCCAACUGUGGGGGCCCCUGCACGCAUACGGGAGACAGGGAAGUCCCUGGCUUCGGUUCGGCAAAGCUCCAGCCAUUGCAGCCAUCUAGGGAGUGAACCAGUGGAUGGAAGACCUCUCUCUGUCUCUACCUCUCUAACUAUGUCUUUCAGAUAAAUAAAAUCUUCAAAAAAGGAAAUGAAAAUGAAGGGAACUCUACCAACCAAUACAUCCAAACUCAGUAAGGCCUUGAAUAAAGAACUCAAAAGGCUCUUAAUAUAUGCACACAAGAUGAAAAAAUGGUAACAGUACAGCACCAAAACAAUGCUCAGUGUCUUAUGAAAAAAAAAAGAUUCACUAUAAUCUGUUUUUUUUCUCCCUAGUUGGUAACUGUAUAAAGUAUUAGAG